CCAGCCCUGUUGGAGAGAGCAGAGGGAGGGGGGAAUAUGGGGAAGUGGAGAUGCAUUUCCCAUAAGUCACUGUCAGCCAGCUCCUCCCCCCGGUUGGCGGAGAGCCAGCAUCAAGCAGAGCAGAAGAAGUGCGGCAGAGACUGAGCAGAGAGUGAGAAUCAGAACACGAAGGAAGAGGCAGACUAACAGAGCGCCUAGUUUUGCUAAUGUAGAUGACAGCCCGUUCAGAGUGGAUACAGGGGAGAGAGAUAGCAGUUCAGAUUGGCAUCUGUCGGUCCAGCAGAUGAGAUGGCGGUGAGGCAGAGGAUUUUCAACUCUACAGCACCGUUCUCCGGGUCACCCCAGGCUGAGCUGAAGGGGUCAUACCCAGCCUGCUCAGCCACGGACCAGGAGACGGAGGAAGAGGAAGAGGAAGGGAAGGACAGCAAAAUGGAGUACCUGCACCAGUUAAACCAUCAUUUGAAUAAAGUGAUGACACAUGGAACUGCAGAGCAAGUUGGAGAAACACCAUUGAAGACCUCAACCAUCAUUGCCCAAGAAUGUGUACCCCAGGAAUCUCAAGCGUUUAGUCCAUCCUGCUCUGAACGUUCCUUUGUUCCCUCUCCCCAUUGUUUCAACGUAAGUCGUCACUCAGAACACAACAACGUGGCGUGCCCGACCUCAGCGUCCAUCCAGGAGCUGAGCCGCUCCUCGACGCAGCUCACCCCAAGAAGGAGGACCCGCAAAAGACAGAAGCGCAAGGGGAAGAAAAAAUUGGAGAAGAAGGAGAAGCAGCGACACAGACAUCGUGUGCCUUCUGGAGUCCCUGAACAGGAGAGCGGAAGUUCUCUGGUCCGGAUCCUGGAAGAGUCAUCUCUCGGAGGGAUAAGCAACCUCAGUUCUUCUUGCUGUAGCAGCAUCGAAAGAUCAGAAGAACAGGACAGAGGGCCUCCUCUUUACAACCGACAGAUCUACAACACAGGGUCCAGCUGCUCUCCUCUGGCCUGGGGAGAACCGGUCUGUAACCUCCUCUCCAGCGUCCAUUCCUAUGGGCAGGACAGCGAGUCCCUCAGCAGUGUGGGAGACUAUUCGCUGGCUUUAGCUGGCCUCAGGGGCAGCGUCAGUCAGGGGGACCCGUGCUACGCAGGGCCUCUUUUCAAAGAUGUGGAGAGGGAUGCAAGGGAGGAGGAAGAUGAUUUCUCAGCUGAUGACUCAGUCAGCAACGAGGGAAUAAUCUUUUACAAUGAGAAAAUCCAGCCUGUGGACUCCGAAUACAAGGAAGGAAAGGAGUAUAAUCUCACACAGUUCAUUAAGGAAGGCUCCUAUGGCGAAGUACACAUUGCUGAAGAUGUCAACACAGGCUUCAGAUUCGCUGUCAAGAAGAUCGCCCUGAAGAGGUUCAACAGUGAGGAGGUGGGUGCGUGGAGUGCCCUCAGAUCUCCCCGUGUGUUGGAACUCUUUGGAGUGGUCAGAGAGGGGCCUAUUGUUAUCCUUUUGAUGGACCACAAAUCUGGCUCUCUGGGCCAGCUGAUAGCAGAGCGGGGACGACUGCCAGAGGACCUAAGUCUCCACUACCACUCACAAGUUUUAACAGCGCUGGAGUACUUGGUGAAGAAAAAAGUGGCGCAUCUUGAUAUAAAAGCUGACAACGUGUUGCUGUCGGAGGACGGUAGAGACACCUUCCUGUGUGACUUUGGACAUGCAGAAAGACUUGACAAUCAGGGACAGAGCCUCAGUGUGUCCAAAGAUCUGAAAGGCACAGAGACCCACAUGGCCCCCGAAAUUGUGAAAGGGGAUCCCCGUGGAGCCAAAGCAGAUGUGUGGAGCAGCUGCUGUAUGUUACUGCACAUGCUCAAUGGGUGUCAACCGUGGACGCGAUACUACACCUGUAUUCUUUACCUGAAGAUCGCUAACGAGCCUCCACCUCUGCGAGAGAUCCCACCUGACUGUAGCCUUCUUACGGCUGAAGUUAUCAAGGCAGGCCUCCAGAAGGAUCCAAUCAAGAGAGCAUCAGCUUUCGACCUCAAAGAAAAAACCGACAGAGCUCUGAAAGAAGUUGGAGGACUCACCAGCCCAGUGAAGGGACCCUACACAGAGCCCCUGUAUACUUCCAACAAACCUCCUGACUCCCUGCGACUCAUCAACAGCAGUGUUUCCUAUGAGGAUGAAGAACAUCAAGAGUCUGUUGAGAAAGUGAUAACAGCCUGGAGUGUGAAGGAAUCGGAUGACGACAAUGAGGAGGAGGAGGCUGAUUCAGAUAAGUUAGAGCGAGGGAAACCUCUCUGUCUACAAAGACUUGUCCCUGAGCCAAACCACAAGAUCACCACUGUGUCUGAACUUGACCUGGAUUGGAGUAAACUGGAGCGAGAUUUCUACCUGACCAGCCUGUCCCAGCUUCAUUCUGCUGAGAAGCAGGAGCAACUCCUGUCUUGUCUCAGCAGUGACCCUUUCUCCAAUCGGGAACCAUGGGACAAAAAGGACUCUGGUCGCUGGUCUCUGAGCCCAGGAGAUGACUUCAGCUCUGGUGUCUACUCCUACAACAGUCAGCCAGAUGGGCAGGAUUUCAGUAUGGAUUUGCUGGUUCACCCACAACUACCACAACCCUGCUGUUUUGAAGGGGUGGAUGUCUGCAUCCGAGACUUCAACAGGAGAAGCAUCCGGAUCAGAGAGACUCGCCGGGUGAAGGUGGGCCACAUCGCCACUGGAAUCAGCGAUCAGAUCUCUGAGAGGGUUUUCACUUUGGAGACACAGCAGGGCCAGCACGUCACUCACGACGAGGAGGUGCAGGAGUCAGGUCUGGAGCUCUGCUGUGUUCCUGCUCCAGACUUCAGCCCUGCCUGGAGAUGGAGGAUCAGAGACGGAGUGCUUGAAACAAGAUAGAGCCCCAAACACAUCCAUCAGCUGUAGUGUCACUUCAACUGUUGUACUACUGUUGAAGUCUUUGAAACUCUUUCAUUUGUCUUUUUGCAUAAGAGCCAUGCUUUCAUCAAGAUGUUAAAAAUUUACCAGAACUGCCUUUUUAACAUACUUGUCUUAAGUUUUAAAUGUAUUUGUGUUGAGUGACUAUAUAGCCUUUUGUCUUUUACAUGCAUGUGACUCAAAGUACAGAGCUUUUUUGACCACUGUGAUGUUUACAUGUUGACAUGUUGUCUUGUAACGUGUUUACAUUGAGCCAUUAAACAGUGUACUGAACUCUGCAAAA